GUGAAUUGAAUUGCUAUUCCUUCAGGUUAUCCUCAAAUCUCUCUUCUUUCCUCUUUAUUUCUGAAUCCACUCUUCAAUUUUUAAAUAUUCAAACACAGUGCUCCACACCUCCAACGCUAUCAUUCGAGUUGCAGUAUUAAUCAGCAAUCACAACCACCAGCUGCUGGGAGGACAUUAUUUGGAAAUAAAUCAUGGGUCGACGGAAAGGUGAUCCAAAGUACACGAAUGAAGUCAUCAUCAUUGAAGAAAACAAGAGGUGGAAGUGUAAGCAUUGUAAUUCUGAAUUUAGUGGAGGUUUUUCAAGAAUUAAAGCACAUUUAGACAAAACACCAGGGAAAGGCAUUGCUAUAUGCUCAGUUUAUUGUGGCAACGAAGCAAGGCAAAACAUCAUUGGUUCCUCUUCAAUGGAUCCACAGGGUGCAUUGAAUCCAUUACAAGUAAAUGAAGGUUUUCGCCAAAUGUUGGACCCCGUUGUUGGUGAUUCACUUCCCCGUCAAAUUAAUAUUUUCGGAGUGGCGGAAGGUGAUCACCAAAUGAUUGACACUUUUGGUAACUAUCAAAUAAAUGUAGAAUCAACAUCUUCACUCAGAGCGACUCAAUGGCCCGACGGAAUGAAUUUUGGUGGUUCAAUUAACUAUGAAAACAAUGCACAAUUAAUAACUUUACCAGAAGGUACUUAUUCUGAACACCAAUUCUUUUUGUUAUUGUCCUUCUUUAUACACGUGUUUUUUUCUAAUUUUUUUUGUUUGAUAUAACAUAUACAGUUUUGUUCAAUAAUCAGUUUUAUUACUUGACACAAUAAAGGUUUUGAACUUGAACAUUACUCUGAAUUUUAAAAUAAGUACAUUUUUAUUAUAUUUGUUACGGUUGGCAUGAUAUGAAAAAGUAAAUUCAUGAGAUUGAGUAUAUAUAAAUUUUAAUGAAGCAAUGACAAAAACAAUGCAUAGAGGUUUUGUAGCAGGUGAGGGUGAAGUGAGUGGAAGCAGCGAUGAUUGCAAACGUGAUUUAAAUGAGUUGGUUUCCGAUCUAACAAGAGAGGAAGAAGACAUUAAGGGUCAAUUACAAUGGUUGGAGUCACGGGGCAAGAAGCCAAAGAUUGAAGUU